CCCACUCUAACACAAAGGAGAUGAGAACAAAUGGCCCCACGGAGGGUGAUCAGGAGAGCCUCAGGUAAACCCGCUUCAUAGGCAUACAUGUACAUAGGUGGCACGAUUCGGCAUAAUGCAUCAAAUAAUCUGAGAUGAGUGGCGUGACUUGAGGUCAGGAAUAUGUAAACGAGAUUUCGAAAAUUGAAAAUCAAUGGACCCAACACGGGUCAUCGUUGUUCACUCGGGUCACGCUGUGACCUGUCAAGUUGAGCUUGUUCGCGAGAAUCCAUGAAUUUUUUAUCCCAGCCAAGUCCGGCUAAGACGGAAUUUAGAAAAAACGACGAACAGAAGACAGAACAAUUCGACCUCUUCAUCGUGCCAAUUGAGCGUACACAAUAAAUGAAAGUCUAAUGACCAAGAGAUCAUCCGCUUGAAUCGUGUCCGAAAUAUUCAGCCACCAACACCUGGUUCGACUCCUAAAACCACGAUAAUGCGAGUACCCCUUAGUUCCGAGGCGGCUUCGUUUUCCCUAAGUCCACCGGUUCUCAACGCCCGAAAGGGGGAUCUGUCCGUUGUUUCCAAUGGCCCGCUACCCUCGUCCUGCCCCUCUUUGUUCUACCAAUCUAGCAACCCCGUGUUCCAUCAUUCGGUUCCAAUUCUGUCGAGUUUUUGCCACCACUCCACAGAGCCAAGUCUCAAUACGCUUCAACAACGACCGUCUCUUUUGGCGAUGAAGGUCAACCAAACAGGCUGUUCCAAUUCCCGAUCGCCGCAUUUGGACGAUCCCUUGAAUGCAUCUACUAGUAAAAAGAUCUUGAAGCAAAAGAAAUAUAGCACCCGUUAUCCUAUGCCCGAGAAACCCAGACAGAAGCGCGCUGUCAUACAGGAUAUGGUGCGACCUUUGAAGCAAUGGCUGCUGCGUCAUCGACAUAACCCCUAUCCUACUAAAGGAGAAAAGAUGGAUUUGGCCAUUGGAUCCAAUAUGAGUCUGGUGCAGGUGUCCAAUUGGUUUGCCAACGCCCGUCGACGCCUAAAGAACGUGGUUCAGGACUCCAAAUGUUCCUGGUCUAAAAGGCUGCGAAUGUACAACCAAUUCGUUCAAGGCAAUGCGGAAUUAUUGUCCAUUUCAUCCAACGAUUCCAUUUGGAACUCCGAUUCCGAGGAAGAGGAAACCGAAGUGGAGCAAGAUGAAAAGGACACUCAUCCACAUACAGAAAGCCCUCUAAACGAGAAAGCCAUCUCGGAAGAACGGGACAUUGAUGUGGAGAAUGUGGACGAGAAAGAGCCAACGUCUAGCUCGGAGGAAGGCGAUGAUCGAUUAAGUAUCCCGAUUUAUAAAAAGAGCAUGAUGCAAAGAUACUUGUCAGAUAGUGUGGGUAUUGCUCAAGAUCAACAACAAGCACACUGUCCAAGUCAAGCCUUAGAAAGGUCGGCAAUAAAGAGGAGGAUACAGGAAAGCAGCUCUCAAGAUCCAGGACCCCCUCAAAAAAGAAGGCACCUAAUUCCUAAUCCCGUCCUUCAUCCUCGACCCAUCCUACCGCGAAUAGCAGUCAACACUUACGAUGCCUUUCCUCAGCCUUUGUUUUCGGCAUUUCAGCCCAUGAACAACGCCUUCAGCUCCUUGGCGGGGCAUCCAUUGCUUCGAAUGCCACUUGCGGCGGGUCAGAAAGGAGGGUGUGUCAUGCCUCAGGUGGCCCCCAACCUGAUUUCUCAUGGGAGCUUUCCGUCAGCACCUGGAUUAUGGAGUCCGUCCUCAUCGCAAAUGCGGAUGAUGAUGCCCUUUGUCACGUCCCGACUGAUUCAUCCGUCUUGUCCAUCCAUGCUCAUACCAUAGAAAAGCUAUCUUUUCUUGCUACCACGUUAAUGGAUACACUCCUCGAAGUGUGUCCGUCCCGCUUCUUAAAGCCAAUUAAAAGUGACUAUGUGUGAGA